CCAAAAAAAGUCCUGAAUUCCAUUCCAAUUUGCCUUGGACACUAAACCCUAAUUCCCGCUUCAAGGUAUCGCAGCCUCCACAGCUUCUGGUUUCAGAGAUUGCGAUCUGCAAUGGCGACUAUACCAGUUAAUCCCAAGCCUUUCUUGAACAAUUUGACUGGGAAGCCUGUUAUUGUGAAACUAAAGUGGGGAAUGGAGUACAAGGGUUAUCUUGUUUCAGUUGAUUCCUACAUGAACUUACAGCUGGCCAACACUGAAGAGUACAUUGAAGGCCAGUUUACUGGAAAUUUAGGAGAGAUUUUAAUCAGUCAAGUCUUAUUCCAUUGUUUGUAUUUGUAGAUGUAACAAUGUUCUCUACCUUCGUGGAGUACCAGAGGAUGAAGAAAUUGAAGAAGCCGCAGAAGACUAGAAUGAUAGG